UGCACGCUCAAUCCAAAUAUUACAACAUUAAUUUGUCCAGUAGGUAUCAUGGUACCAUGGUGGGUGCUCAUCGUUCACUUCACAAGAACUUAAUGCAGAGGUUAGGCCGAACCUGCUUAGAUCAAAGCCCUUGCACAAUUACGUAUAAGGAACGGUAGGUAAGUGGUCUCUCACUCUCAGUCUCAUUCAUUAUUGAGGUUUUGCAAAAUGGCACUGAAGAUGUUGUUUCCACUGUCCACAAGACAUGUUGCAAGUCACACCGAAAUAUCUGCCCAUAUCCUGCACUGCACAUGAUGAUGAUGCCAUGUAUAUAUAUAUAUAUGUAUUAAUACGUAGUAGUAGAAACUAGUCAUCUUGUACGAGGAAAAAUCAAACUAGCUUUUUAUGUCCAUGUCCAUGGGAUCAAAAAAUAUCACUCCCCUUAUCCUCUUCAUCAUCUUCCUUAUUUCAUCCCAAUUUUAUUCUUGUUCCUCCGCACAAACUUGGAUCAGAGCUGGUUACUGGUACGCCGGUAGCGAGUCUCCGAUACCUGACAUCAACUCUGCCUUGUUCACUCAUCUUAUUUGUGCUUCUGCUGAUCUGAAUUCCUCCACCUACCAGCUCUCCAUCCCUUUCUCUCAAGAGCCAUCCUUCUCCAUCUUCACCGGUGUCGUCAAGCGCAAAAACCCAUCAGUCAUAACACUCUUAUCCAUCUGGAAUGGACAAGCUGCAACAGCUCAAUCAAUUUUGGGUCAGAAAGUUAACUAUUCAGUCUUGUCCUCAAUGGUCAACAAACCUUCUAACAGAAAGUCUUUCAUUGAGUCUUCAAUCAAAACAGCAAGGCUUUAUGGAUUUCAAGGUAUAGACUUGCUUUGGCUUUGGCCUAACACAGCCUCUGAUAUGAUCAACAUGGCAAAAUUAUUGGAUGAGUGGCGAGCUGCUGUGAAUUCUGAGUCAAGAAACUCCAGUGAUCAGUCACGGUUGAUAUUGACAAUGGCCAUUCGUUAUUUGCCUGCUUUCGAAUCGUUGAGUUACCCAAUUGAAUCUAUGAAGAGGAACUUGGAUUGGGCACAUGUUAUGGCAUAUGACUAUCAUCUGCCUUCUAAGGAGAAUGUCACUGGUGCUCAUGCUGCUUUAUAUGACCCGUCAAGCCAUGUUAACACCGACUAUGGUAUAAAGCAAUGGCUAAACAACUCAUUUCCUGCUAGCAAACUGGUUUUGGGUUUGCCUUACCAUGGCUAUGCGUGGACACUUGUGCACCCCAAAGACAAUAAUGGAGUUGGGGCACCUGCAGCAGGCACAGCUGAGACGAAAGACGGAUCCAUGAGCUAUAUGUACAUCAAGCGGUACAUUCGAAGCUACAGAGCUCCCAUAGUGUACAAUGCUACUUAUGUUGUGAACUAUUGCAUCAUAGGGUCGAGUUGGAUUGGUUUUGAUGAUGUGGAAUCUAUCAGAACUAAGAUUGCAUAUGUCAAGGAGAAGAAGCUACUUGGUACCAAUGUGUUUCAAGUCACCAAUGAUGACGAUUGGGCGCUUUCUCGGGCAGUUCAAGAGGAAGAAAAUGAUCAAGAAAACAAGCGGCGGUUAUUACUUAUAGUUUUGCUUCCAAUUACGUUGGUCAUAAUCCUCAUAGCCUUCGUGGUGUGUUACUUACAAAGAAAAUUGUUGAAGAUAAAAGGGAUGAUUAUUCUUGGGAAUUCAAAUCUAUCAAAUUCAAGGUCUACUACUACUAGUACAUCAGCUCUUAACAGUGAUCCUCCAAAUCUGCAAGCAUUCAGCUUUUCCAAUAUCAAAGCGGCAACAAAUAACUUCUCAAGUGAAAACAAGCUUGGAGAGGGUGGGUUUGGUCCUGUUUACAUGGGUAAAUUGCGAGGAGGACACGAAAUCGCAGUGAAAAGACUUUCGAAAACGUCAACUCAAGGACUUGAGGAAUUUAGAAAUGAGGUUACACUUACUGCAAGACUACAACAUGUAAAUCUAGUUCGAGUUCUUGGAUUUUGCACUGAGAAGGAAGAAAAAAUGCUGAUCUACGAGUACAUGCCCAACAAAAGCUUGGACUUCUACAUUUUUGAUCCUACCGGACGGUAUCUUCUAGACUGGACAAAGCGUGUGCACAUCAUUGAAGGGGUUACCCAAGGACUCCUAUAUCUUCAAGAAUACUCCAAUUUUACAAUUAUUCACCGAGAUCUGAAAGGUAGCAACAUUUUACUUGACCACGAAAUGAAUGCUAAGAUAUCAGAUUUUGGAAUGGCUAAACUUUUCAGAAAAGAUGAACUUGAAGCAAACACAAGCCGGAUUGUUGGAACAUAUGGCUAUGUUCCUCCUGAAUAUGUAAGAAAAGGUAUAUACUCUACGAAGUACGACGUCUACAGCUUUGGGGUUCUACUUUUACAAAUGAUUAGUGGAAGGAGGAGCACAUGUUACUAUGGUCCGAACAAAAGCUUGCACCUCUUGCAAUAUGCAUAUCUAUCUUGGAAAGAGGACAAAGGAAGAGAAUUUAUUGAUCCAUCACUGGAUGAUUCUUCUUCUUCUUGUAAAUUAUCGAGAUGCUUGCAAGUAGCUCUAUUAUGUGUCCAGGAAAAUCCGGAGGAUAGGCCUACAAUGUUGGAAGUUUAUUCCAUGCUCAAAACUGAUACUGAACCCAUUCCCACUCCUACAAAGAUGGCUUUCUCAGGAAAUAGAAGUAUGGAAAACAUAUCUACAUCGCAGCAAGGAAGUUGUUCAGUUAAUGAUGCACAAAUUUCCGAAUUGCAACCCCGAUGAAAUUACAGGCUCAGGAUAGGAGACAUUAGUUUUUCAUUUUCAAUGGUUGAGUUCUUAGGCUCAAGAAUGUGGGUGGUCAUAUACUCUACGAAGUAUAAAAGAUUUUAGCAACUUUGGAUUCUUCAUCUGGAGGCCUACAUGCUGUAAACAUUACAAUAUUUUGUUAAAUUAAAAAUUUGCAAUUCCUGUGCA